AUGCCAGUCUUCACGGAAUACUCUGCCGCGUCGCGCGAGCUUCGCAAUCCACAACAGAAAAAAUAUGAAGUCGUUAUUGUGGGAGCUGGGCCUGCAGGGCUUAUGCUGGACCUCCUUCUGGCUCGAUAUGGAUUGAGUGAUGAGUCGCUGCUCUGCGUGGACGCAAAGCCAACCACCCUGAAGUCAGGACAAGCCGAUGGCCUUCAGCCGCGCACACUCGAGACACUAAAGUCACUCGGUCUGGCAGAUGAGAUUCUCACCGAGGGAUGUCAGAUGUGGCAGGUCGCAUUUUGGAACCCAUCCAACGACAAAGAUAAAAUCAUUGAACGAACAUCGAUUGUCCCGGACGUCGCUGUGCCUGCUCGCUUCCCACAUGAAGUCACGAUUCACCAAGGCCGAAUUGAACGGAUACUGGAAACAGAUUUGUUGCGUUAUUCGAAACGCGGUGUACAGCGGAAUACCAAAUUGAUCGAAGUCAAGAUCGACGAGGCGGGCGAUGCGGAGUUCCCGGUUGUGGCAGAGAUUGAAACAGAGGGACAUAGACGAACCGUGAGAACCAAGUAUCUCGUCGGCGCAGAUGGUGCACACUCUGUUGUUCGACGCAGCAUGGGCCUCAAGCUGGAGGGAGAAUCACUGGAUCAUAUCUGGGGAGUCGUCGACCUAGUCGUUGACACCGAUUUCCCUGAUAUCAGGAGAAGAUGUGCCAUUCACUCACCGGCUGGCUCCGUUAUGGUGAUUCCUCGUGAGCGAAUCGCAACUGGCGAGUACUUGACAAGAUUGUAUGUGCAAGUGCCCGGCGAUGUGAAACCCGACAGCGAUCAACAGACCGUGGAUGGACCGGACACACCUCCCACGGCAGAUGCUAGAGCUCGCCGGAGUAAGGUCACAGAGCAGACCAUCUUCGAUAACGCAGCCGCGGUCUUCAAGCCAUACUACAUCCGACCGAAGAAGGACGGCGCUGUGGACUGGUGGGCGGCAUAUCAGAUCGGCCAGCGGGUCACAGAUAGCUUUUCGGUGAAAGAUUCGAAGGGUGUGAAUCGUGUCUUUAUUGCCGGAGAUGCUUGCCAUACGCACAGCCCGAAGGCAGGACAGGGGAUGAAUGUCUCCAUGAUGGACUCUUAUAAUCUGGCCUGGAAGCUUGUAUAUGCCAUUCAUGGACUUACACCUAGUGGAAGCAGCGGACGACCGGACCCUCUCCUCGAUACAUACCAUAUCGAACGUCACACAAUCGCACAGCAGCUGAUAGAAUUCGAUCGAAACUUCUCAUCGAUGUUUUCAGGAAAGAUUGGGGCGUCUGAAGAUGGCGUUGGAGGGCUGACCCACGAUCAAUUCCUCGAAGUAUUCAGCCGCGGUAACGGAGACCUGGAAGGCAAGAAGAAUCCAAUUCAGGGUACCGACUAUUUGUCGGGCAUUUUGCGUCCAGGAAGGCGACUAUUGAACGUGCGUUUGAUUCGUCAUGCGGAUGGCUAUCGUCGUGAUCUGCAAGAUGACUUCGCGUCCACUGGACGGUUCCGUAUUCUUUGUCUUACAUCGACGGACCUACUGAAACCUCAUGGCACUUCGACCCAAACAUUGACUCAGCUCGGUGCAAUGAUUCCUCGAUUUCCACCGUCGGUGCUUGAACAGGUUGUGGUUCAUCCUCGCCUGGAGAAUGACUUCGUGUGGACCGACAUUCCACGAGAGAUAAAGCAAUACUCUGAAAUGUCGUUCUACAGUGGAUAUGAGAUUGAUGAUGUCUACGGAAUUUACGGCGUCGACCCAGCCGAGGGUGCUUUGGCUGUCGUUCGUCCCGAUGGAUACAUUGGUGUCAUUGCUGCCUUGGACGACGUGAAACGCGUCCAAAAGUAUUUGGAAUCCCUGAUCCGCACAAUCUAG